GCAGUGUUUUAAAAAGCGUCUUGCCUUGUUACUUAGGAGCUGUUUCUAGUUGGUGGUAGCCCAACUACUAGCUAAUCCGGCAUGCUAGUAGUGACCCAGUGGUCCAGUCCAUCCUAAAACAAGCAAUGGGAGGUUAGGUGCAGCUUCUGCAAACCCAUGUUCCUCUGUCUUCUCUGGCUAUUCCUUUAGCCAUGUCCAUCUUUCUUUGCUCAGCCCACCAUCGUAGCUCAAUUAGGUAUUUACUAGGCCCAACCAAUCCUUCCCUAGGUGGUCCCCAUCUAUGAUCCGCAACUGAUACAGUAAAACCUAUUUGUCCCCCAGGGUCAGCCCAUAGUUCUAUAGAUUCAACUAGUUUCUAAUCAUUACCCUCAACUGUAAGGUACCAAACCAACCUAUAGCUAGUCACUUGAUGAAGCCGGGCUUACAAUUUGGGCCAGUGUGUAGUUCAAACAAUCAAACUUAUAUGUCUUAGGCAUAAAGCCACAAACAACCCAAAUGUAUCCCUAGGCCAGUCACCUCUCCACAACCUGAUGCAGUUCAACUAGCCAGCUUGUUUGCUUGCUUUGGACUUGUUGGACCUGCUAUCAAGGUUAGCUAACUUCUUUCGUUAUAUAUUUUAUAUUUUUAAACCACUCUUCUUAAUUUGUUUAAUUUUUUUAAAGUUAGGUCCAAUUGGUUUUAGUGGUAGCCAGAUCGGUUUUGAUUGAGCAAGACCUCUAGCUGGUUUGAUAGCCUGUCCAAUUCUAAUAACACUGGCAAAUUUCAUUUUAUUUUUGGAAAAAGCUUAACGAUACCUCAAAUGUGUAUUCUUAAUACGAGCAUUAGACACGAGAUUUGCAUGAACCAAGUCUAUGAAACAAUGUAAAAAUGGGAGAAGUAAAGGUGCAAGAGUUUUGCAAAGGUGUUGCUGUCUUCCAUGGUGUCCAAGAUACUCCAUCCAUAUAUUCCGCAUCCAUCUUCCCAUGGUUUACAGUCCCCCCCUUGAUCAAAGCCCUCUCUACCUUUCCUUUCUUCUUCCCGCUUGCCCCCCAGAGCAGGGGGAGACUGUUACUCCCAGAUUGUUGUAAAUCCUUUGCUACCUCUGCAUUUGCCAAUUUCAUUUCACCUCUGCUACCUCUGCUACCCCAAGAACUAAGACCAAUUUAGGUCCAUGUGAGAUAAUGCCUGUAAGCAAUUAUAAGUAUUCAAAACCACACCUACCACCUUUCUACCACAAUUACGACUACCUCACUAGACCAACCCAAAACACUCAUGUCUCGCAGCCUCUCCCCUUCAUACUUCCACCUAACAUGAAUUAUACCUCUCAAAUAGCCCUCCAAACCAAAAAAGAAAACACAUGGUCCAUAAAACAUUGCAUUAAACUACCUUUCCUUAAGCCUGGAUUCCAUGCCAUAGAUGGAUAUAAGUAUGAACACUCCCAGGGACUUGCAAAACAAUGCCCUCGACCUUAAACACUACUCCAUUCCAGAAAAGCUCAACGCUUUGCAGCAGGCCUUCAUUUCUACUUUCUAUGCUCUUAGACACGACCUAGAAUGUAUCAAAAAAUGGUUGCUGGUAGUUUCCUGGAACAAUAUAGUGUAUGCAGGGCAGUCACUUUGGGAAAUACCUUCUCUUCUCCUCCUCGAUGACAAUGUACAGAAAGCUUUGUUGUACAAUUAAAUGUCCUUGAAAGGAACAAAUUACAUCUCCAACCCUCGUCCAAGUCCUUUGGUUCCUUUGGAAAAGACAGUGCGCGGAUCUAUGCCAUAGAAUACUGGUGCACCUAUCAUCAUCAUCCGAGCCUUAUCCCAACUAUUUGGGGUCAGCUAAUAUUGGUGCAGCUAAGUGGCCAAUAUACCUUCAAGCAAAUAGGCGACCACUUUGGAGGUUUCAUUUCUGUGCAUUGGAAUCUCUCUGCUCAUCAUACCACGGCCAUGGUUAUGAUUCCAAACUUCGUUUUCAUCGUGCCACAAGGUUACAUGUAUAUGCGAGGCGAUUCCAGAAAUGUAACCGUAAAGCUUGGUGUGGAAUCAAGAUAGACGGCCCUCCAUAAUCCAUGACCACGAACUUGGGCCUGCAGUGACUAGGGACUAGGAUGGUCAUACUAGGGUAGCCAGGAGACGCAGACACACACAUGGCAGGGACAACAGAAAGAGGAGUUAGACAGCCACUUCGAGUCAAGGACCCACUCAGAAUACGGUCAUUCUAAAUGAUGAACAAACACUUGCCCACCUGUGAAAGGCCGAAACCUUCCCCAGACCUGGACAUUGCCUAUACCUCCUCUACCAACGUCGUAAGCCCACAAGGAUGCGCCGGAGGCCAGGCAUCUCUGGUCUACAAACAGCAGCAGCUGCUAGGGAUCAAUAUCGAUUGCUCGGGGAAAAUGUUGCUAAAAUCAGAACCGAUCUUAUGAAGGAGCAGCUCUCCACUUUCCGAUCCCAAUUGGAGGAAUUUGCUCGGAAACACAAGAAUGAUAUUCGCAAGAAUCCUGCAUUCAGGUCACAAUUCCAUGAGAUGUGUGCGAAAGUUGGAGUGGAUCCACUUGCAUCAAACAAGGGAUUUUGGGCCGAGUUGCUAGGGAUUGGUGACUUCUAUUAUGAGCUUGGGGUGCAAAUUGUUGAAAUAUGCUUGGCUACUAGAUCCCACAAUGGAGGUUUGAUCAAUUUGCAGGAACUUUGUAGUUUGCUACGUCAAAGACGAAAAGCUGCUCGAGACUCAAUAUCUGAGGAUGAUUGCUUGCGGGCUAUAAGUAAGCUAAAGGUAUUGGGAAGUGGUUUUGAAGUGAUAUCUGUAGGCAAGAAGAAACUUGUUAGAUCGGUUCCUACAGAGUUGAAUAAAGACCAUAAUGAAAUUUUGGAGUUGGCUCAGGCUCAAGGCUUUGUGACUGUUGAAGAGGUUGAGAAGCGAUUAGGAUGGUCACCUGGUCGUGCUACAGAUGCUCUUGAAGUUCUACUCAAAGAGGGGCUUGCCAUGAUCGAUGACGGACACCGUGAUGGAAAACACAGAUACUGGUUCCCCUGUGUAGCUUCAAUCUCUGCAGCUAUUGAAGCCGAUAUGAUAAAGGCUUGAUGUUCAUGAUAUGGUAUCUUCAAAAAAUUCAUCCUCUCACUCCUCAAGCUCCCCAGCCAAUGAAGCCAAAUACAAUAAAAGGCUUCAUGUAAUCCAAAAUUCAUCCUUCCAAUCCUGGGCUUUUAUUGUUCAUUAAAUUUGCUUCCGGGAUUAAUAUUUGUAACUGCUUCUUACUCAUAAAUAAAAGAAGAAUAGAAAUGUAUGAUUGUCUUGGGGUUAAUAUUAUGUAAGGGUGUGGUUUGCCUACGGUGUCAA